CCUCCGCUCGCCAUAGAGAUGCCGGCGGCCGCCUAGAGCGUCGGCGGCGGCAUGAGGCGCUGCGGGGGCCCGGCGCGGUGGGGCCACGUGUCCUGCCGGCGCUCGGAGCUGCGGCUGGAGCUGGUGCUGCGCUGCGGCCAGGCCUUCCGCUGGAGGGAGAGCAGCGCCGGGCACUGGACCGGGGUCCUGGCGGGCCGUGUGUGGACGCUCAGGCAGACGGAGGAGCGGCUCUGGUACAUGGUUCACCAGGAGGAGGAGGAGGAGGAAGGCAGCCGCACAGAGGCCACGGGGCAGGGGCAGGAGCUGCAGCCCAGGGGAAGGGACCCGGGGAGCCGGCAGCCUGGGGCGGGUCUGGGCGGCUGUGAUGCCCAGCAGAUCCUCCGUGACUACUUCCAGCUGGACGUAGGCCUGGCCGGGCUGUACCAGGCCUGGGGCGCGGUGGACCCACACUUCCGGAAAGUGGCUGCCAAUUUCCCAGGCGUCCGCGUGCUGCGCCAGGACCCCGUCGAGUGCCUCUUCUCCUUCCUCUGCACCUCCAACAACCACCUGGCGCGCAUCACGGGUAUGAUUGAGCGCCUCUGCCGGGCCUUCGGGCGCCGCCUCUGCCAGCUGGACACGGAGCCGUACCACGCCUUCCCCUCGCUGCAGGCCCUGGCCGGGGUUGACGCUGAGCGCCGGCUCCGGGCUCUGGGCUUUGGCUACCGGGCAAAGUUUGUGAGCCAGAGCGCCCAGGCUGUGCUGAGGCAGUUUGGGGCCGAGGGGUUGCACCAGCUGCGCAGCACCCCCUACCCGGAGGCCAGGAGGCUGCUCUGCGCCCUGCCUGGCGUGGGGGCCAAGGUGGCAGACUGCGUGUGCCUGAUGGCGCUGGACAAGGCGGAGGCCGUGCCCGUGGACACCCACAUAUGGCAGAUCGCCCGGCGGGACUACGGCCUGGAGCUGGGCUCAGGCGCCCAGAGUGUGACGAUGCGUGUGCACAGUGAGCUUGGAGACUUUUUCCGGAGGCUCUGGGGACCCUAUGCAGGCUGGGCGCAGGCGGUUCUCUUCUGUGCCGAUUUAAAGAUGUUCCGGCAGAACCCUGGCACGAGCGUUGGGACAAAGGGGGGCCCAGCCCCAACAGCGGCUUCUCUGUCCCGUUGCAGACCCACCCCUGCCCUGGAAGCAGGGGGGCAGGACUCGAUUUUGCCUGUAGCCACAGGGAUUCUGUGCACAGAAGCAGCUCCAGCCACUUUUGCCCUGACUGGCAAAUGCCACCGUGGGGCCAGCCGGAAGCGGCCCCGUGGGAAAAAGUGCCACACCAGCCCCAGCCUCUCCCCACAGGGGACACUGUAGCGGGAAGCUCCUGCUGCAUCAGCUGCAGCUUUGCUGGGGAGGGCUGGCCCCUGGUGCUGGUGCCACCGGCACUGUGGGAAGGGAGCGAUAACAGACCUGGGGGGGUGGCCUGGCUGUAUGGACAGGGUCUGUAACGCAGAUUAUCAAAAGCGGCUGGAGGGGAAACUGGGGGGGGGCUCAGUGCGAACUCAGCGCCAUGGACUUGGCACCCACCAGGGCAAAGGGCUAGUAUUGGCUCAGCCCAGGAACCCAAUGCACAAGCCAGGCAGAGGCUCCUGAAGUGCAGAUGCCAGCUGCCAGCCUUCGA